UGUUCUUUCUUGCAGUGCAGCGUUCGGUCUGGUCGCGUAGCGAAGCGUCCGUCGGUCAAGUGGUCGUUGAUUGCGUAGCUAUCGCUCUAUCUCUUUGCCCUGUCGUUCUUCUUCUCGCGCGGCUGUCAAUAAAGCUCUAGAGCAUACGUCAUCAUUGAGUAUCGGAGCGGCGGCGACCUCUCUUUGUUUUGUGCUUUUUUGCUUUUGACUUUUGCUCAGUUUUGUUUUGCUUCGCUCUUCUUUCGCUGUGAAACCCAACGCGUGCUAAAUAGGGAGAAACACCGAACAUGAACGUGAGCAGCGAAUUUGAUGUAUUCGAUGUGGUGGCCGGCGACAAUGGCCCCCAGCUGCAGGCCUUCCGCAGCAGCAACCCGUUCGAGGACUCCUAUGAGGCCCCAGCGAUGCCGAAAGAUGAUCGCCCGCAGGAUGCUGCCAACCAGUUGCCUUUGCAGCUGCUGCGGCGAGCCAGCGAAACAGUGACCGCCUGCAUUCUCACCGAUUUGGAGCCCGAAAAGGAGCAUCUGCUGGGGCCCAGCACGGAGCGUCCCCAGCCACCGCCACGCAGCCAUGGCCAGUCAUCGUUCAAGGGGCAGCAAAUCUCAGUGCCCGUCCUCCCAGAAGCUAAGCGCAGCAGACAGCAACAAAAGCAGCCGAAGGCUGACAACAUGACACAGGAGCAGGGCAGAAACGGCAACACUGCGCCACAGGACACACUGAGUGGCAACUCUGGCCCGCCGUUGCAUACGAAAUUAGACAUACAAAAAUUCCCGGAAGACUACAACAAAGCGCGGACGGAUGGAAAUGGAACGGGAGUGGGAGCGGGAGCGGGAGCAGGAGGCGAUGCCUCCGCCACACAAAACGCUGCAACAAUAAUUUUAACGCCGACAUCAUUAAAUUCAACAAAUACAACACAACAAAAUGUUGCCGGCAACAAUGGGGGAGCCCUGCCCGUGCCCGUACCCGUGCCCAUUCCCGGCGGAGGAGUCCAGAGCGAGGAGUACAAAGGACCCAAGUGGUGGCGUCACUUGGUGCUGCAUUGGUCCUUGAUUUCCGAGCAUGUCGCCCUGCUGGUCAUCUUUCUGGGCCUGUGGGCCAUGGCCUGGAUACUGCUGAGGGAAUUCUCAGCGCCCCAGACAGUCAUCAUGCGCAUAGCGUUCCUGUUUGUGGGCGCCCAGCUAUCCGGAAUCCUGGUGACCUUUGUCCACUUGCCCGACAUGCUGGGCAUGCUCUUCUUCGGCGUGCUCUACGCCAAUUUGGGGCUGGCAAAUUUCGAAGGCUAUCAGGGAUUCGAGCUGUUUCUGAGGGAAAUGGCCCUGAUCAAUAUCAUGCUCCUGGCCGGCCUCGGACUGGACGGGGAGGCGUUUAAGCGGCUGUGGCUUAUGAUUCUCCGCCUGACGCUGCUGCCGACGAUUGCCGAGGUGGCGGCCAUCGCCGGACUGGCCUACCUUACCCUCUCGAUGCCCUGGCUCUGGGGCAUUACCUUGGGCUUGGUCAUCACCGCCAUCUCCCCGAAUGUGGUGGUCACCGUUAUGCUUAAGCUGAAGGAGGAUCGCCUGGGCCUGAACAGCGGCAUACACACCCUCAUCUAUGCGAUGACCACAUGCAACGAUGUGGUGUCCAUCUUCAUGUUCGGCGUGAUAAUCAGCGUCAUCUUCUCCACAACCUCGCUCACACAGCAAGUGCUGCAGGGUCCCAUUGGCAUUGGAAUUGGACUCGUUUUCGGCUAUCUGUACGGCAUGAUGCUCCAGUUCUUGCCAUCUCGCAAUGCGACGUACGCAAAUGGCCUCCGCUUCGUUCUGACCAUCUUGGGCGGCACCAUCGCCGUGAUGGGCAGCCGCGUCAUUGGCUAUACGUCGGCCGGUGCCCUGGGAUGUGUGACGACUGCCUUUAUUGCGAGGAUUGGCUGGAGGCGGGAGGAGAGCAAGCUGACACCGCACCAACUGCAGGCCCAUCAGAUUGCCAGUGUCCCCAAGCGCCUGGAUCUACUGUGGAAGUUCCUCAAGCCCGUCUCGUUCGCACUCAUCGGCAAGGAAAUUAAUUUCAACGUGCUGCAGGGCCAUGUAAUCGGUUAUGGGGCAUUGCUGGUGCUGGUCGGAAGUUUGUUUCGCUUGGGUUUUGCAUAUUUAUCCACAUAUGGCGGAAAUCUGUCGAGAAAGGAACGUGCCUACAUUACAAUUUCCGGUUUUCCCAAAGCAACUGUCCAAGCGGCGCUGGGUCCCGUGGCCCUGGAUCUGGCACGUGCUGCCAGCGUGGCCAACGAAGCGCAGCUGGCCCUGGCGGGCAAUGUGCUCAUCAUCUCGGUGCUGGCGAUUAUAUUCACGGCGCCGCUGGGCGCCAUCCUCAUGCUGCGGCUAGCUCCGCACUGGCUCAAACAUGGCGAUGCCGUACAGGAGGCGGCCACCACUCCCACCUUGCCCGAGGCCCCCGCAAACGCAUACAAACGGACAUAAACGGAGCUGCUGCAAGACGCAACGAUCUUGCCCCGUGGAUGCCAUCAGGCUUAACCGGAACUCCGCCAGCUACAAGU